AUGUGACCUUGCCCAUUCCUUUUGCCACCCCACCUGCUCACUACUUACUUAUCUUUUGCCGGAUGCACAAAUAAAAAGGUCCUGCCUACAAUUCAAACACAGCCAGCCCUUUCGGACAAGCACAUCCUGCCCUUCCUGCUUUGCUGCAGACUGGGCAAUGGUAGGGGACAGUGGUGUAAGGCAGUGGUGAUUUUUUUUUAGUACAUUGGUUUCUCACAGGAUCAUUAGUGUCCUGGAUCUAGCUUUUGUUUCCUGUCUAGUACAAAAGCUAUUUUCAGGACAAGUAAUUUCUUUAUGUGAUGGAAGACACCAAAGAGAUUAUACAGUUUUUCAGGUUUCACUGCAUACUCUGGCCUAAUGCCUGAAAAACUAUAGGUGUUCAAAGGGGGAAGACAGCAUCUCCCAGCACAAUGAGAACAAUAUAGGCGGGGGAGAAAGAAAAUCUCCAAGGAGGAUCAUUUACUUUGCAAAUGGUGACACUAUGGAAGAGUAUAGCACUGAGGAAGAGGAAGAGGAGGAAGAGCAUCAGACUCUUGACACAUCCAAGUUCUCCUGGGGACUGUAUCUGUGGUUCUGGGCAGUUCGAAUCGCAUCAAUGUCAUUUUUCACUUGUGAAUUCCUUGGUGGGAAGCUUGCCACACUCUUUGGACUCAAUGAACCUAAAUAUCAGCAUGCAAUAGAUGAAUACUAUAGGACACAGAGCAAGGAAAGUGAAGAUGAUGAAGAUGGUGAAGAGAUCUUUGAGAAAAAUGAAGUGAACUCUCUGAAUGAAAAAUGCCACCUUGAGCUACAGAGCAUAAGCUAUGGAUCAGUUGGACUCAAGGACCCUGUGGAGUUUUCUCAAAGAGGCGCUUGUGCAAAUGUUAAUGAAGCUACAAAACAUGACUGUAAAGUCCAAACUCAGUCUCAGUUGCUAAGAAAUAAUGAAAAUAUUGCCACUGGGGUCUCUCUUGAUAUGCCACCUGAAAAUGACCAACAGAACAUGAAUUAAUCAUUUAUAAGCUUUUUGAGAUAACACAUACAUCCUUUUGCCCAGAUCAGUGGCAUUUCAAUCUUCAGAGGGCAACACAAUAUAUUAAAAAAUGCAUUAUGAGGGAAGAAAGGGUCUCAAAGGAAACCUGAUGACACUGACCCUUCAGCAAAAGAGGUGUUUGUAGCAUCUGCUAUUUGGUUCCUUAUGUACACUGGCAUUUAACUGGAGAACAUCAUUCAGAUGUGUGCACCUUGGACACAGCAUUAGUCAGUUAUUUCUGAAGAUAGAAAACAACUCAGUGGGACUAUAUAAUGCAUUUUGAUAUACUGAUACAUAAAGCUACCCACAGAGUUCUAGUCUACUCUGAGUAGCCAAAGAUACUUCCUUAUUAACCUGAACAGCAAAACCAACCAAAAAUUAAGUCUCUCUGGUUAGGAUUAUGGGAAUGUUACCCUGUUAAGUAUUCAAUAUAGUGACUGGCUAAGCACUAAGACAGUAAUUAUUGCUUUCCAAGUCCUUGUGGUCUUGAUUCUCCAUUCUGUUGUAGACUGUAAUCUUGCACAAUAUUCACAGCAAGCUAGAUUUGUUCUGCAGAGUGAUCAAGUUUGUAAAAGGGGAUCAUGCUUGACAGACUUCUACAAUAAUCCCAUGAUAAAGACUCAAUGCUUGUCCUGAA